AUGCUUUUCUCUAAGCUUUACCUCGCUACUACGUUCCUGGCUGGUGCCUUUGCUGCGCCCCUGCCGAAUGAUGAGAACAUCAAUGGCCUAACAUACAGGGUCUUUGCCUACUCCAUUGGCAAAGAUGCUAAGCGUGACAGCGCCAUCUCCACCGAUAGAAACCUAGCUCGCGCGGCGGACAUAGCCCUAGCUAAGCGCGAAGAAGCUGGUGCCGAGUACAGCAUCCUCCUGUACUCGAUCGGGAAAGAGGAAAAUCGCGAGCUGUCUGUCAUCGACAAGCGUGCUGGGGCUACCACUGACGGAGCUACGUACAGUAUCAUCGCGUACUCUAUCGGAAAGGAGGAGAAGCGUGGUGAUGCUGUUCCCGAGCAAGUCUACGCGCGUGUAGUGGCGGAUGCCGUCAGUAACAAGCGUAGCGAGGAUAGUGCUGAGUAUAGCAUUCUCUUGUAUUCGAUUGGGAAGGAAGAGAGGGAUGUAAAGGAGAAGCGAGAUGAAUAUAGUGCUCUUGUGUACUCUAUCGGUAAGGAAGGCGAGGUAGAGGAGAAGUAG